AUGGAGAAGGCGAAUUUGGCUGCUGACCAUGACCAAGCCGCCACAGUAAAAUCUGAACCGCCCAUCGAAAGCAUUGAACGUGUCACAAGCAAUAUCAAAGUCUCAGACAUACUUCAAAGCCACGAUGAAGUGAGCCUAGGGACUGUGGACCCCCCUGCAGCUGCUCUAGCCUCAGAAUCACAAGCUGCCCCUUACGAGGAAGAAUGCCCCAUCUGCACGCAGCUACUCGCCAGUCCAGAUCAAGAACCUGCGAAACUCGCUUGUUCACAUCGGUUUCACGUUGCUUGUCUACUUGAUUGGGCGCAAGUCUCAACAAGUUGUCCUUACUGCCGUGCAGACUUUACAGAGUUGCAGGUAUUAGCCUCCACUCAGGCCGAUGCAGCAACGGUCCGCAGACUCCCCGUGGAGUCCAAGACACAGAUUGCUCACUACAACGAGGAGGGUGAAGAAGAUGAAGGUGUGCUGCUGGACUGGUUCAUUGAUGACGAAGAAUACGAUCAAAGUGGUGUCUACUACGAACCCUAUCAGCCACCUCGAUGCAUCAUGUGUGGUAGCUCUGAACAGACCGACACACUCAUGCUGUGCGAUCUGUGUGAUGACACCUAUCAUGCCCUUUGUCUCGGCCACAUAGCUCUACCGCUCGGCCCAUUCUACUGUCCAACUUGCCACACUAUUCGUGGCUCAGAAAUUACUGCCAAUGCAAGAUCUCGACCAGUCCGGACGGUCGCUUCCCGACGACAUACGAGAAGCACUCGCCGCACCCAGACCUCUCGAGAUCGUCGUGCAGAUCCAACAGCAAGAAGAACAUACAGAACAUCGCGACCAGCUCCAGGUGCCAUUGAAGGUGCCGCACGAUUAGCAGAAUGGCGUCGUGCGUGGCGUCGCGUUCGUCACCAGGCUUCCAACCAUCUACAAGAGCCUGAAUGGACUCAGCAUGCACAAACACAGACAGAAGCACUCACGCCGGCACAGGAACGAGAACGACGACUUUGGCGUACGCGUCUUGAUUCUGCUCGUCUUGCCUCUGGCAGGCCAAAGACUGCACCUGGUGCAGAUGACGAGAAGCUUGAAGAUCCUCACACUGCUCAUCUAUGGCAUGAAUUUGAAAAGGCUGCUACAGGCCUCGAUCGUCUACGUGUGAAAGCUGAUGCGACUGGCCAGAGUGGCUCGAGACCCUCAGCAAUAGUAGCAACAAGGUCACCCUCUCCACCACCUGCACUUGAACAAACAAGUCUCGGUGAGUCUGUUUCUCGAUCAACAAAGCAGAAGCGACCCGUACGGCGAGUCAGCGAACAAGUAUCGACGCCUAUAAAAAGGGGCGCCGAUACCCAAAGCACGAGAGAACAGUCUGCCAAGCGCCUGCAAAGUGAGACUGGUUCAUCCUCAUCAGGAGCCUAUGUCAGCAAACUAGAUGGUAUCCUGGUCAACAUACGGCGUCCUCCAGCUCUCGAGCUCUCGCCACUCAAAAUCACUACACCUGCACACGGCGCAAUCUCUGGCGGCACAAUCAGUCCACCAGUUGCCUCGAGUCCUGCUGCAUCUUCUUCAAGAAGCGUGCGAUCCUCCUUGUCAAGCGGACCAGGAUCCCCGUGUAGCCCAGCUGAGACUGAUCCAGAUGGUUAUUUUGGUCACUCGCCCACCCACACCGACAAACUUGCUGCACCUGUGAGUCCAGGGUCAAAAUCAGGCCUCACACCUAGCUUGACACAAGCAGUGACGAAACAUCUCGUGAGUCAACAAGUCGUUAUGCUUCUGCAAGCGCACUACGACGUCCAACGGAUUGAUAAGCGUCAGUUUGCACGCAUCAACCGGGAUGUCACACGCGCCGUGUAUAGUGAAUACGCUGCUGCUGUACUUCCCGAUGAGGCGUGUCAGUGA